AUGUGUCAGAAAACUUUACUUUUAAAUAGUUCCUAUGAUCUUAGAAGUGAAUCCAUUGGUCCUAAAAGUUUGAUGUUUUCGUUUGAUAAACGAUCUGGUUCAUUUGGAAAACUAUUAUGUGAGUUGGAAAGAGAUGUUGUUGAACCAAAUGAUGUCACUGAUGAAGAUACUUAUGAUGAACGGAGUGUGAACGCGCCAAUCGGUGAAAUGGUUGAUGAUGAUAAAAAAUCACCUGGAGAUAUAGGAGUUGAUGAUUCGUUAGAUGAACUACAUUAUUUGUUAUCAUGA